GAGAGAAUGGAGGAAAGCGAGAAGGAGAAAGAGAACGAAGUAAAAGAGAUCGAGGCCUGCAGCGAUCCGUCUGCUGGAAGCACCGGCGACGAAUCUCAACCAAACCCUAAACCUAGAUCUGUCAAGAUCAUAGCCCCAGAGAUCGAGAUCCAUCUCUUCCGCUGCGGCAAAGGUCCGAUCGAUGUUUUUAAAUCGAGGCUCGGAGGGUGGGAUCAGGAUCAGCUGGAAGUCCAUGACAUUCUGGAAAAGUAUGGUUUCAAAUCCAUCUUCGCGUUCAAUCCCAUCUCGGGAAGAGGUGUUUCGAUCCGUUUCAACCCCCGGAAUGGAAGAUCGUUGCUUCCGUACAGGGACGGAUCUGUAAUUUACAUUGACGGAGAGCCAAAGGAUUCCAUGAUCAAACCCAUAACGAAGAUCCUGCUCGGCACAGCAGUGUUAGCACUUUUGUUGGCAGUGUUUCUGAGGGAAACUCCAGAAUGGUUGAAGACCUCAAACUUCCUAGGAUGAAACUUCCCCCCUUGGAUUAUUGCUUGCAUAGUAAUUCUUUUCACCGGCUAAGGAAGAGAACUAGGGAUGCAUUCAAAAAGUUUGGUUGGUGAGUAAAUGCCAUCUUUAACUGCUGUUAGUACUUUCACUUCUUCUUUUUUCAGUGACCAUGGUUGCUUGUUUAAUGCUUGCUAAAGUUGCAAGCUGUAGUUUGAGAAUUGCAUGCCUUGUAGAGCUGAACAACCGAAAAUGCUAGUCUGUAAAAUGUUUUUUUCCCGGGAAGGAA